CGGUGCUCAAAGGCAACGGUAUAUAAUGAACCUAACGAAAUAGGUAGUAGCAAUUCAACCAAAAACCCGUGCCGCUAUUUUAUACUCUGUUAAGCAUCGGUGUUAGGGUUUAAAUAUAUAUAAAGAAAAAAAACCUCGGCGGCUUUGCAUUUGAUGUUUCGUUAGGGUUUCUACGGUGCAGCUCACCAUGGGAGGAUCUCGAGUUCAAGUCAAUAAGCCUCACAAGUCCCGUUUCUCCUCCAAAUCUUCCAGGAGUAUUCACAAAGUCUCUCAAAAAGAUAAGAAUCGUAUUGCAAAAUCAGACCGAAAUGUAACGAAGGGAGCCCGAGCUGCUCGGCUUCAGCGAAGCAAGAUGCUACGAGAACAGAAAAGGGCAGCUCUUUUGAAAGAGAAAAGGGCUUCAAGUGGAUUGGCCAGCCCUCCCCGCGUCAUUCUUCUUUUCCCGCUUUCUGCAUCUGUGAAUGUAAGUUCACUUGCUGAAGACCUUUUGCGAUUGCUAUCAACAGAAUGUACCGGAGUUUUGUCAUCAACAGUUGCUUCUUCCGAGUAUAAACUGAGACUAACAGUACUGCAAGCUCCUCAUGGGGAUCUAUUAUCAUGUAUGGAAAUGGCCAAGGUUGCUGAUUUGAUUGCUUUUGUGGCAUCAGCUACUGAAGGAGUCAGGUGUGACUAUAUUGAUUCAUUUGGAAGUCAAUGCCUUUCGGUGUUCAGGUCUCUUGGUUUACCAAGCACUGUUGUCUUGAUUCGUGAUCUACCUACCGAGCUUAAAAGACGAAAUGAUGCAAAGAAGAUCUGUACUUCUAGUCUUACUUCUGAAUUUCCAGAGGAUUGUAAGUUUUAUCCUGCGGAUACAAAGGAUGACUUGCACAAGUUCGUGUGGCUUUUCAAGGAGCAAAGGCUCACAACUCCUAACUGGCGAAAUCAACGGCCUUACCUCAUGGCACAAAAGGUUGAUAUGGUUCAAGAUGAUUCCAGUCCAGGAAAGUGUACUCUUCUCCUCACUGGUUAUACACGUGCUCGCUGCCUCUCUGUGAACCAGCUGGUUCACGUCUCUGGUGCGGGGGAUUUCCAGUUGAGUAAAAUUGAAAUUAUAAAGGAUCCUACCCCUUUAAAUACCAGAAAAGAGCAUGAUGCUAUGGAUUCUGAUGAUAUUCAAGUUGUUGAGGUUCUUCAUUCCCUAGCUCCUGAUCCGUUAAACCUGGAGCCUUUGCUUGUUGAGAAUGUUCCAGAUCCACUUGCUGGAGAACAGACGUGGCCCACAGAGGCAGAAAUGGCUGAGGCUGAUAGAAACCAAAAGCAAAAGAAGCUGAGAAAGAGAACUCUCCCUCGAGGCACUUCUGAGUAUCAGGCUGCUUGGAUCGUAGAUGAUACAGAUGAAGAGCAUUCUGAUGCCAAGGAUGAUGGUGAUGAUGAUGAGGAUGAUGAUGGCAUGGUAUUGGAUGAAGGAGAAAGUGGUUUUCCUAGUCAAGAAGGCGCCAAUAAUCUAGACUUUGAUGAAGAUCAAGCUUCUUUGUACUUAAGGGACUCUGAUGAAGAAACUGAAAAUGAUUCAAUGAUGAUGGAAGGGGAGAAUUUGACAAGGGAACAGAUAGAGGAUGAGAUUAAAAAAAUAAAAGAGGCACAUGCUGAAGAUGAGGAGUUUCCAGAUGAAGUGGAUACUCCGCUAGAUGUUCCUGCUAGAAAGCGAUUUGCGAAGCACAGAGGUGUCAAGUCCUUUAGGACAUCCUUGUGGGAUCCCAAAGAAUCUCUACCUCCAGAAUAUGCCAGAAUUUUUGCGUUUGACAACUUUGCAAGAACACAGAAGCAUGUUAUUGCAAAAUCCUUAGAAUUGGAGCAAGAGAGCAGAGACGACUGUGCCCCAGCUGGUUCAUAUGCAAGACUUUAUAUCAAGGAGGUACCUCUUGAUGUUGCUUCAAAAUUAUGUGUGGUCUCAAGGACAGCACCCAUUAUAUCAUGUGGUCUCCUGCAACAUGAGUCCAAGAUGUCUGUCCUCCAUUUUAGUACUUAUGAAAUUAUUGGCAGUAUAAAGAAGCAUGAUAGCUAUGAUGCUCCUAUUAAAGCUAAAGAAGAAUUCAUAUUUCAUGUUGGUUUCCGCCAGUUUGUUGCUAGACCCAUAUUUUCAACUGACAAUAUUAAUUCAGACAAGCACAAGAUGGAAAGAUUUCUUCAUGCAGGGCGUUUUUCAAUAGCUUCAAUAUAUGCUCCUAUUUCUUUUCCACCUCUCCCUUUGAUAGUUCUGAAGGGUGCAGGAGGAGCCAGCACACUUACAGUUGCUGCUGUUGGUUCCUUGAGAAGUAUUGACCCGGAUAGAAUAAUUCUAAAGAAGAUUAUUUUAACUGGUUACCCUCAACGAGUAUCCAAGUUAAAAGCCACUGUACGAUAUAUGUUCCAUAACCCAGAGGACGUGAGAUGGUUCAAGCCUGUGGAAGUAUGGACAAAGUGCGGUCGCCGUGGUCGAAUUAAGGAACCUGUUGGCACACAUGGAGCAAUGAAAUGCGUAUUUAAUGGGGGCCUUCAGCAACAUGACACUGUUUGCAUGAGUUUAUACAAGCGUUCAUAUCCGAAGUGGCCGGAACACCGGUUUCCUCUUCUUAAUGCUUGAUUAGGAGCUUCUGUUUUCUAAAGAUAGGAGCAAGCCAUCAGGAUCUUCUGCUUGCCCAUGUUGGGAAUGAAGCACCGGUUCAGAAUGUCAAUUCCAAUUUCAUGUUUGCUGUUGAUAAGCUACGUGCAGUUGGGAGAAUGGUCCAUUUUUAGUUUUUUACCCUGCUAUCUUCUUCGUCCUCUGUUUGGUGUGUUGGGUUUUUUGUGCAUCUUGUGGGACAGUUGAAAAAAUUUAUUAAAUAUAUUCAUUUGAUAAAAACUGAUGAGGGGGAAAAACAAGGUGGGGGGGGGGGUGUGAGGAAGAAAAGCUUGAUUUUUGUGUACGGGUCUGAUUUUGUUUAUCUCAAUCAUCAUCAAUAGUAGGUAUUUUAUUUAUGAGCUUAUGCUUUAAUCUCAACUUAUUAAAUUAAGAAAGAUCAUAUUCUUCGUGAGUAAAUGAGAAUUC